CGCCCAGUGGCCCCGCCCCGUCGGGUCACCCUGCUUACGCGACUGGGCGGGGCCCGGCGCUGCCCCUCAUGCGGCCGGUAGUGCGCAGGGCGGGGGGUCACCAUGGGCAGCAAGAUGGCGGCGGCCACUCGGGUCGUUCAGGCAGUGAAGCCACAUACUCCACUGAUUAAGUUUCCGGACAGAAAAAGCAGUCCCAGGCCUAAAAUACAGGAGUCUCUACAAGCAAGUGUGCUGUCACCUCAUGUUUCAAAAGCACAGGAGUCUGUAGGAGGGAGACCACUGGCCUUUCAAAAUAUUUCACCUGUUAGUAGUGUACAUGGUGCACCAGACACUUCUGAAUUAGCAAGAAUCUUACCUCAAAAAUACAGAAGGAAACUUAUGUCAGUUGAAGAGAUUGAAUAUAUUCAACGUGGAGGUCCAGAAUAACUACAGAAGCUAAUUUGCUCACCACUGUUGAAGAAAGAAGUAUUGUGUUCAUCAUAAAAGCUUUUCCUUAAUAUUAUAAGUAAUUGUAUACUGAUAGCUUUAAUAAAAACCCCAUAUGAAGAUGUAAAGGUUGACACAACACUA